AUGAUCGACGCUGAUCCCGUUAGCUUCACAACCGAAUAUGUGGUCGAGGGUGACAUGUUCGUUCACAACGAUAUUGCCAUCUUCCUGCAUCGGGUGCUGAACUACCCGGAUGAAUCCGGUCAACCACGAGAAACGCUGCCUGCAUUGAAGGACAUGGCCCUACUGGAGAAAAGUGGGAGCUAUGUGUUACAGGCUUUCAUUACCGUCCAGGAUGGCAGUAACCAGGAGACGAUGAAGACGGCCUCGCAGCAUCUCUUCGGACUGCGGGAACAGUUGAAGUCGGCCGUUCGCUUGGAGCAGGCUGAUCGAUUGUCACUUGACACUCGGGCAAAGUAG